AUGACUCCGUAUUUUCAUUUUAAACAUGAAAUCACUCAAAAAAAAGAAGAAAGUAAACAAAAUAGAGAAAUGCAAGAUACUGUUAAGCAAAAAUAUUUAAACUUUAAAAAUGAAACUAUAAGAAGAAUCAAUAUAGAAAUAAUUAAAGAUUAUUUUAUUAAGUCAAGCAACAAUGAAAUUCAUAUUGUUAAAAUUGAAAAUAGCCCUUUUUUGCAAAUUAAAUUAGAUAAUAAUUUAACUUUUCUCUUUGACAUUAAUGGAGAAAAAGAAGUACUUUUUCAUCGAAUGCUUCAUCCCAAAUGGAGUAUUAUAGAUCACAUUAAUCAAGAUGAUUUGGAUUGUCAUGAAUAUAAUUUACACAAAA